AUGUUAAACGCCGCGCUGGAGACUGUGGGAGCCGUUCCUUCAUCUCAGAUCGCGGAUCGGACGGCUGCCGGCGAUUCUGACGAUCAGAAGAUAGCCGCGCCGUCAGAACUGACGGCGAAGUUCAAACAGUACGCGUCGACUAAAGACGGCGAUGCGAUUCCAGUCCGGAGCUGGAAGCUCGUGAGAGACCUGGUUCCCAAGGGAGCAAAAGGGAGAGGGGCAGCAACUGGUGCUGGUGGUGAGCAGGUGCGGUACAGCGAGCCCUCAAUCAUCUCUUCCCUCUCCCCCCUCUCUCCGCUCUGCUCUCACAGAAGUGCGGAGCUGGAAGCUCGUCUUGCUGAUGUCAGGGAAGCGGAGGAGCAGAGGCGGUACAGAGAGCUUUCAAUCACCUCUUCCCUUUCUCCCCUGCCUCCACUUCUCAUCCCACAGAGUGCGGAGCUGGAAGCUCGUUUGUCUGCUUUGAAAGAAGCGGAGGAGGGAAGGCGGUACAGAGAGCUGGAGGCUCCUAGUCACCACUUCUCUCUCUCCCCUCCCUCCACUUCUCUUCCCACAGAUGCGGAGCUGGAAGCUCGCCUGGCUGCUCUCAAGGAAGCGGAGGAGCAGAGGCAGUACAGAGAGCUCGUGAGAGACGUGGUCCCCAAGGGAGCAAAAGGGAGAGGGGCAAUCGGUGGUGCUGGUGGUGUUGACGAUGAGGAGGAUUUCGGAGGGCAAGGGGGGAGCUCGUACCUGGCAUCGUACAGAGAGCAGCUAGGGUUUGGCAUGCAUGUGGUGGGUGUGAUGUUCACAUGUUACCUCUUGGGUCACUUUGCUGCUUCUGCUCUCAUCAAAGACCAGCCUGCACUGCACCCGGUGGGAGGUGCAGUGGGUUUGAUAUUCGGCAUGCUGCUAGAAACCACGCUCUUCAUCAUCCGUACAACUCAGCUUGAGGAGAAACAAGCCAAGCAACGCAGCAAAAAGGCUGCUAGGAAGCAGGGAGUGUCGGUACCACCACUAACUGCGGGGUGGGCUUCUAGCCAAGGCAUUGAGAUGGGAGAAAGGAGUGCUGGUGUUGUUUCUGUGGGUUUCGAGGAGGUGGAUGCGGUGCGGCAAGAGCUGAUUGAAUUGGCAGGGAGACGGCAGAAAGGAGCUGGCGUGUCAAGCUCUUCAGGGGGGUCUAUAAUGAGGCGGCGGAUAGUGAGGCAAUCUGACGGUGACUAG